AUGACCUCUCCCGACGACAUGCAAAAUCGCAUCGACCGCCUGGAAGGGCUGGUUCUGUCCCUCAUGACCAAUGGCUCGCAGUCGGCUGGCCCCGCUGCCGCUGCCGCCGCCAUUGCGAGCAUGAACACGCCUUCUAAUCCGCAGAGCCAUCAAGGCAGCAUCAGCGGCAGCAGCACCACCAUGGACCAAUCCAUCGAGGUGGAUGCGCCCGAGACGAUCAAAGAAGAGCAAGGGGGUACAGCUCACGAAGACAGCGACGUUGAACAGGUAGCUAAGUCCAUUGGAGUCAUGAAGGUGGACAACAACAAGACCAUAUUUGCAUCCGAAGCACAUUGGUACGCUAUCUUGGGCGAGAUCGCCGAGGUGAAGACCUAUUUCAACGAGCACAAAAAGCAGUACGAGGAGCAAUUGCGUAGGCACCAGACUGCUUACACAGAUGAAAUAAGCCCUGGCACUGCAUUCUUGUUUGGUUCGGUACAGCCCGCAGAAAGGGCAGAGUUGAUGGCAGCAUUCCCCACAAAAGUAGUUGCGGAUUUGCUAAUCACCCGCUAUUUCAACGUGUAUGAUCCUGGCUUUCAUAUCAUUCAUGGACCCACCUUCCAAAAACAGUACGAUCAACACUGGUUAGCUCCUGAUGAGACUCCGGUCAUCUGGCUCGGCAUGGCUUAUGCAAUGAUGUGCAUUGCCCUUCAGUCUUACCAUCGCGCAGGAGAUGAACCUCCUGAGUAUCGCGGAAAGACAUGGGACAUGUCUAGUGAGUACAGGAGACGUUGUGCACAAUGUCUUCUGCGAGCCGACAUCACGGCUCCCGUGGCGAAUAUGCUGGAAACGCUUAUUCUCCACGUACAGGCCGAGUAUGCCCGCAGCAGAGAUGCUGAGGUUGGCGUGCUGGUCAGCUGGACAAUCAUCGUCCGUUUGGCUAUGCGAAUGGGCUACCACAGAGACCCUGCGCCUUAUCGAGCGCUGUCUCCCUUCAACGGCGAGAUGCGCCGUCGUGUCUGGUGUGUUGUGAGGAAAAUGGAUCUUCUUUUCUCCCACCAAAUGGGACAGCCGCCUAUGAUUAGGGCUACCGACACCAGUACCGAACUUCCACGGAAUAUCUACGACGACGAGCUGUACGAGGAGAUGAAGACACUCCCGGCGUCUAGGCCGAUGACCGAAGCAACCCCCUGCUCAUACAUGAUUGCGAAAUCCCGUCUAGUCUAUGGUUUUUCGGAGGUGGUGGAAAAAUCUCAAGUGCUGAGCUGCACCUCCUACGAUGGAAUAACCAAGCUCGAUCAACGACUGCGUGAGCUUCACGCGGAGACGCCCCCUCAUCUCCAACUGCGAUCGAUGGACGAAUCCGCAAGGGACCCGGCAACAUUGAUCAUGCAGCGAUUUAGCCUUGAGCUUCUCUACUUGAAGUCGCAGAUUGUGCUUCACAAGAAAUUCCUGGGUCCCUCUCGCGAGAACGCCAGAUACGCUUACUCCCGCCGUACCUGCAUCGAUGCAUCAAUGGCGAUGCUGAGGCAUCAGGCUACAAUCCAUGCCGAAUCACAACCGAACGGUCGCCUGCGGACUGUAAAGUGGUUCAUUACGUCCCUGACAAUGAACGAUUUCCUGGUGGCAGCAAUGGUCGUUGCUCUUGACCUCUACCAUAUAUCGGAGGCCGAGCGUGCGGGUCGUUCCCCGGGCGGUGAUGUUUACGGCUGGCGCCAAAACCGCAAGGAAGAAAUGUUAGCAGCAGUCGAGCGUGCAAUCCCUAUUUGGGGGGAGCUUCAAAAUGGCUCCAUGGAGGCGUACAAAGCCCACACUGCUCUUAGCGUUAUGGUGAACACCUUGAAGUCGAACCAACCAUUACGAGCAACGAACUUCGCUGCGGCAGCGGCAGCAGCGUACCCCACUACUGCCAACAUCCAGGAUGACGCCAACGUUGCACCCGAGCACUCGGCUGCAAUGACUCUUGGGAUGCUCAGCACAGGUGCACUGACUCCCAACAGCUCAAACAUGUUUGAUACCAGACCAUCUUUUCCCGCCUCCAUGGGUAACAUCCUGAACGAUCCCCUGCCUGCGGUCUCAACCGGUUCUGGGCUCACGCCCCAAUACACUGGACCCUCUUCCAGCGGUGAGAAUGCUGGUCCAAUUUCCGCGGCUAGCCCCUUCUCACAAAUGUUCGGUGCAUCAAACAUGUCGCUACAAGGCAUGGACAUACCUUCGACUAACCUUGACUGGGACGCUUGGGAUUCGUACGUCCAAGGAACUGCUAUGGACCCCUCAAACCCUAUGUGGCCAAUGGGCAUGCCGGAUUUGAUGUCCGAUCCAAACGGAUUGCCGCAGCCGCAGCAGCAGCAACAACAACAACAAUCACCAACAAGUUCACAACCACAACAACAGCAACCGAUUAACCCUGCAUUCAUGAGUGGCGGAAGCGUCUUCAUGGGUAAUGGUACACCUGAGAGAAAUACGAUGAUGUAG